AUGUGAGUUUAAUCAAGUUAGCUGACGAUGAAUGGAAAAUCUUGUAGCAUGUACACCAUUCUACGUCGAUAGUUGGGAUAUGUUAGCUGGGACAAUGCAUAUUUUAGAUCGUGACGUUGUUCGGACCCAGCCCUGUUUUACCCUUUCGGUUUCAUCAAUGUCCUCCCUCAGCAUUUUAAUACUUCUUGCUGUAUUUAUUGGUAGAGAUUUUAGAUUAUUUCCCGUUACACUUACCCUAGUUUCUGUAGUGCGAGUACUAUUUUGGCUGGUCCUGAGAGAGAUUCACGGGCUCUCUGAGCGGAAUGGAUGUCCAUAUGAUUCGUCUGAAGUUUGGCUCGUUUUCUCUUCCUUGAGUUAAUUCACUGCAAGAUCACGGACGUUGGUUUGUCAUUUCUGUUGAUAUUAAAUGGACCCGGGAAGUGCCAUACUAGGUCAAAGCUGGAGCCGCUGGACAAUUCACUAUUCUUGGGUCCAGCAUUGCCGUUCACAUUCCAGCAUGGAAAUUGGGAGCGUUGGAAACGAGGCUGCAUUCUCGGCUCUGUCAAUUUGAAAAUGCUGUCGACGGUUCUUCGGUGCUGAAAUUCUUCGGUGGACAUCGGAUGACAUUCUGCUCGCCUCCAUCUGAUCUAGUCUGAUACAUAGCAUUCUUGACGAAAUUAGGUCAUGGUCUUUCACAAUUGUGGGAUCUAUUCGUUUGAAACAUACAUUGAACAUGAUUCAACGCAAAUCGCAGCGAGCUUUAGUAAAGUUUGGGUCGGACGUAAGGCUUUUCGAGUCUGCUUUCUUUCUGCCACCCCGAUCGCGGAAGUCGGACACCUAGUGAUCCUCUGGACUCAACGUUUUGACAGUUUUUCUUCAAGAAAAAUCUGGCUUCAGCAAAACUGAUAACAAAUGAAACUCCAAAAGGAACAAAGACAACUGAAUGGAAGCGACACGUCGGAAUUUGCUAUUUUCCUUCAGUAGAGCUCGUUCAGUGGAAAUUUUAUUUCCGGAAGAAGUGGAGGAUUGGUAUCCCAAGCUAAGGACCGUGUGCUCCGCUUUAUCGGCUUCUUGAAUUGAAAUAUAAUGGUGCGCUCUGAUAGCCAUUCUCGGACACUGGGAUUCCAAAUGUGUUGUAAAUCAACUACCUGUCAUUGCUAGACAUGUUUACGUAUGUGCUCGUGCUGGAGUGCAAAUACGACGUCGGAGCUGGGAUCCUGACUCGGCUCAUUUUCGUUUUGUUUCACGAUCUUCUACCUCUCUGGUGGACUACAUUGAAGUUUAGAGUUCCGUGAACCAAAUCAAACAGGUGCCGCAGUUUUUUGCCGCUUGAGUUACGUAGAAGAUGAGUGAUAAAGGCGAAGAGGAUAGUGGGUCUGGUGAUAGUGGCGAAGGAGAAGGUGGAGAAAAAGACGUUGAAGGUAAUGUCGAUGAAGAGGAAGACACUGGAGAGGAAGGUGAAGCCGAGGACGAAGACAAUCAAGGAGAGGGAUCUCCUCAAGGUACUGACGAGAAUGAAGAGGGUACUCCAGAGGAAAACAAUGAUUCGCAGGAAGAAACUCAAGGAACUGAUGAUUCACCUCGUAAACCAUCAAGAGGUUAUAAGGGCAUGGACAAAGAAGAGGUUAAGAAAAUGUUGAGGAGACUAAGUAAGUCAGAGAGUUCCGAUGGGAGCGAUAGUGGGAGUGGCUCGUCCAGCAGUUUUGAUGAUUCUAUCGGCAACAGGAGAAGUAUAAAGACUCUACAAUCAUCAGUCAUCCGAGAUCAUGAGCUGCCUAUGAAAAUUGCUUACGAGCAGCUGGAAGAACUUGCCGCAAAUGCAGAGAAGGUGAAGUUUGCUAUCGAGAGGAAUCGAAAUCUUCUGAAUGUGCAGGUGAAGAAGAGUAAUUCAAGGUACUUGCGCGCUGCUUUCACAGCUUGGAAGCUAGAGCUUAAUUGGAAGAAGAGUAAGAAGAGGGAUUUGGAAUGGGCACAAGGGAAGUGGAAGAGAUCUUUAAUUUCUCGAGGAUUUCGAGCCUGGACCAGGGAGCACUUGGUUACUAGCAAGGUCAGACGGCUUGAGAAGUCUGUGAAGAAGAUCUUGGGCCGUCACACCCUGAGGCGUACUUGGAAAGCUUGGUUAGGUCAAGUCAAGGCAAGAUUACAAGAUGACGAGGAUCGCAGGAGGGAGAGACGACUAGUAAAAGAUCUUGAUCACAAGCACCAAGAUAAAAUAUGCCGGAGGGCCUGUAAUUUCAUGUACAGGUGGCGCUUGAGGAGGCUUUUCUUUGGGUUUAAGGAUGGAUGUGAUAUAAGUCGCAUGCAGUUUCUGCGGCAACUCGGAAUACACAAGCUGUUACAAAAGAGGAAGUUGAAACGUAUUUUGGCUGGUUGGCAAGACGCAAUCCUGGAGUCUAUGGCCCUUCGAAAAUUUCUCCAGACGAGACUGCGGUUGAGGACCUUGCGAAAAGCAUUUCAUGCAUGGCGAUCAGUUAAAGGAAGAGGACCCGGGGAUUUAGGUGGUGCGACAAUGUCUCGUGAUGAGUUUUAUCAGAAGUAUGCUAAAAACGUUGUGGCAGUAGCGUUUGCAGCCUGGGCUGGAAAGGUCUCCCAUAGGAAGCAAGGCGAGGAGCACUUGAGGUCUGUUAGUUUGUCUCUUGACCGACAAUUGUUGGGUAGGGCCUUUGAUGCUUUUGUGGAUGGGUGCCAUAUCAGCAAGCGUAGGGAUUCUCAAUCGAAGCAUGUGGUGGGAAAGUUGCAAAAGUGGAGAUUGAACAAGUAUUUUCAGGCUUGGAUAUGUUUCAUGCAGUUACAAGCUCAAAAGAAGAUGGGACGCCUGCAGGAACAUAUUGUUCAGGUCGAAAAGGAAAAUGACAGAGUGAGGCAGGAGAAUCAACGGUUGGCCCAUGUCAUAGACUCUGGUGAUUGGGGCAGAAAACGUAUUGCGGAGUUACUACAAGCAGGACAAGUACUUUCUGCGGAAAGGGAUGCAUUGACUCGCUUACUAGGGAGAAUGCAGCGACAACAUGGUUUUGCCCUAAAUCAGCAAAAAGUUCACCAGGAGGAAGUUAACGAAUUGAAGGAGCAGAUUCUACGCAAUAAGCAUCAUGUGCGUAACAAGCUUCUCGUCAAAGGAGCGUCCAGCUUCAACUCUCUCAUUAAGGCCAUGAAGGACGAUGUUUUGAAGAAUGGAAAUGAUUCUGAACUUCUUUACUCUAUCGAUAAGCUCGCAAUGGACGAGGUUACUGUCUUUCCUGAUGGGGAUCUUCAUGUGAAAGCUGUCCCGAGCUUUAAUAGAGGGAAAGGUAGUUGGCCAUCACGCCAUUCGAGUCCAGGCUCAACAAAAUCUCAACAAACUACCCAUGCUGAAGUCACUCACCAAGGACGAAGAAGUCCAACUCCAGCCAACAAGUCAAAAAUCAGGCCCAAGACACCCGUGCAGGCCAGCAGUAAUCAUCAGGAAGUCCCUGUUACUCCCGUUACACCUAGAUACGUUAGAUCGAGGACCCCUAUUAAGGGCCGAGCAUAUGGUAAGUUUGACUACACCCGAAAGCUAGAUGGCACUAGGGAACAACCAGUAGCGGCCAGAGUCCAAAGCGGAGACCGAAAUGUUCUGGUUAAGGGGGCAGGUUAUACAUCUCCAAGACCUGCGUCGUGAUUUUGUGCUCCAGUAACACUGUCGGAGUUUGGCCUUUUGGCAGUCAGUGGGUCGCGUGUAGGAAUGUUCUCUUUUUUGAUAUCGAAGAUUCUGUGGGUUGCUAAGUUGAGAGGGAAGACCACUGGGCCAGGAGUACCUAUCAAGGAAUUUCGAAAGCACCUGGAGUAUCUUGCUCAUAGCGGCAUGCUUGAACCAAACAGAAAAAGGUCAUCGGCAAUAGUGAAAGAGUGAAAGAGUAAGCUGUACUCAUUAGUAUUUGACCGUCAUGGCCUGACCAUGGAACGCGUCUGGGAGGUGCUGACUGAAAUAGGCCUGGAAGAAAAAGAUGGCAUGAAGGAGGAGGAAAGGAGUGGUCUCGGUGGGAAGUAGUUCUGCUUUGAUAUGUAGUUUGCUGACUGCAAACUCUUUUCUUGGGUAAGCGGAGAGGGGAGUUCUGUAUGGAAGAAAUUACGAAGAAUAAAGUGAAGAAGUGAAGGAUUUUAACAUUCGCCAUACGUAA